AUGGCUACAUCCCUCUCUUCGGUCAUCCACAUCUCCUUCGUCGACACCAAAACAACACGAACACGAUUCUCCAUCUUAAAAUCCCACAGAAAAUUCUUCACCAUUUCCUCCAAAUCCACUUCAAAUGUUCCAAUUUCCGAAACCACCCCACCAAACAACAACAUAAAAAACUCAUCUUUAUCCGACCAACUCGCUCCUCUUGCAAACACAACGUUACCAACUCUCCCAGAAAACCUACCUAAGGUCUUAUCAAAGCCAAAACCCACAUGGGCCAACCCUACUAAGGCCAAGCGUCAUCUGUUGUCUCAACAGAGACACAAACGUUCCUCUGUAUUGUAUAAUCCACAGAUGAAAGAAUUUCAACGUUUUGCUCAGAAAUUGAACAACUGUGAUGACUCUUCCGAAGCCGAAUUCAUGGCUUGUUUGGAAGAAAUUCCGAGUUCUCUUACGAGAGAGAAUGCUUUAUUGGUUCUCAAUAGUUUGAAGCCGUGGCAGAAGACGCAUAUGUUUCUCAAUUGGAUCAAGAAUCAGGAUUUGCUUCCCAUGGAAACUAUGUUCUAUAAUGUUACAAUGAAGUCUUUGAGGUUUGGGAGACAGUUUGGGGUUAUAGAAGAACUUGCACACCAGAUGAUUGAUAAUGGGGUUGAACUGGAUAAUGUCACUUAUUCAACUAUCAUAACUUGUGCUAACAAGUGCAACCUUUUUGACAAAGCUGAGCAUUGGUUUGAGAGGAUGUACAAGACGGGGUUGAUGCCGGAUGAGGUAACUUUCUCGGCUAUUUUAGGUGUUUAUGCUAGGUUAGGUAAGGUUGAAGUGGUUAUUAGUUUGUUUGAGAGAGGGAGAGCAACUGGGUGGAAGCCCGAUCUGAUUACGUGUUCUGUGUUGGGGAAGAUGUUUGGGGAGGCCGGGGAUUUUUAUGGUAUUAGGUAUGUUUUGCAGGAGAUGAAAUCUCUUGGCUUGCAGCCUAAUUUAGUUGUGUACAAUACGUUGAUAGAAGCAACGGGAAAGGCUGGGAAGCCGGGAUUUGCGAGGAGCUUGUUUGAAGAAAUGAUUGACUCGGGGAUAGCCCCGAAUGAGAAGACUCUAACCGCGGUAAUUAAGAUAUAUGGAAAGGCCAGGUGGUCUAAAGAUGCUCUGGAAGUGUGGCAACGAAUGAAAGAAAACGGUUGGCCUAUGGAUUUUAUUUUGUAUAAUACAUUGUUGAAUAUGUGUGCAGAUGUUGGAUUAGUUGAAGAAGCUGAAACUUUGUUCAGGGAUAUGAAACAGUCAGAGCAAUGCAAGCCAGAUAGUUGGAGUUACACGGCUAUGUUAAACAUAUAUGGGAGUGAAGGAAAUGUAGAUAAGUCAAUCAAAUUGUUUGAAGAGAUGUGUAAGUUUGGUAUUGAACUCAAUGUGAUGGGGUGCACUUGUUUGAUUCAGUGCUUGGGAAAGGCCAUGGAAAUUGAUGCUUUGGUUAGAGUUUUUGACAUUUAUGUUGAGAGAGGAGUUAAGCCAGAUGAUAAGCUAUGUGGUUGCUUGCUAUCUGUUGUGUCUCUUUCUCAGGGUAGCAAGGAUCAGGAAAAAGUCCUUGCUUGUUUGCAGCGAGCUAACCCAAAAUUGGUUGCCUUUAUUCAAUUGAUCGUAGAUGAGCAAACUAGUUUUGAGACUGUCAAGGAAGAGUUUAGGGGUAUCAUGAGCAAUGCCGUGGUUGAGGUGAGAACACCCUUUUGUAACUGCUUGAUCGACAUAUGUAGAAACAAAGAUCUCCUAGGGAGAGCCCACGAAUUGCUCUACCUAGGAUCUUUAUAUGGAUUCUACCCAAGUUUGCACCACAAAUCACAAUAUGAGUGGUGUUUAGACGUUCGAAGAUUGUCUGUUGGGGCAGCUCUAACCGCACUUGAAGAGUGGAUGGCUACACUCACCAAAAUUGUUAGGCGGGAGGAGGCAUUACCAGACCUAUUCCUAGCACAAACCGGUACCGGUGCUCAUAAGUUUGCACAUGGACUCAAUAUUUCAUUUGCCUCUCAUUUGAGAAAGUUGGAUGCUCCAUUUAGGCAGAGCGAGGAUAAAGUUGGUUCUUUUAUUGCAACGAAGGAUGAUUUAGUCUCGUGGGUGCAAUCCAACUCUCCGGCGUCUAUUGCAACAUAA